AUGACAUCCAGCAAACCUUCAGUCGGCUUCGCAGGCCUUGGCGCGAUGGGCGGAGGCAUGGCAACGAAUCUGGUCAAGAACGGCUUUUCAGUGACUGGUUUUGAUGUCUACCAACCGCUCGUGGACAAGUUCGUUGACGCCGGCGGCAAAGCAGCUAAGACCCCAAAGGAAGCAGCGACAGGUGUGGACUUCUUCGUAUCGAUGGUGGCGAACGCACAGCAAAACGCAGAUCUAUUACUAGAAGGCGAAGAUUGUGUGAGUAAAGGUUUGGGCAAGAACAAGACCUUCAUCCUCUGCUCGACCACCCCGCCAACAUUCCUCCACGAGCUUCGAAAACGACUAGAUGAGGAAGCCGGACGACCUGAUAUCAAGCUUUUGGACUGCCCGGUAUCAGGAGGCACACUCCGAGCAGCAGAUGGCACCCUCUCGAUCUUCGAGUCUGGUCCAGAGGCAGAUCUGGAUGAGGCCAAGGAUGUGCUGAACACCAUGUCCGGUAAUCUGUAUCGUAUGGGCGGCAUCAGCAACGGCACAAAGACAAAAACUAUUCACCAGCUCCUGGCCGCCACUAAUAUCAUCACGGCAUCAGAAGCUAUGGGCCUUGCAGCAACAGUCGGUCUCAAUACUCAGGAAGUAGCCGACUAUGUCAAGAAGUCGGACGGCGACAGCUUCAUGUUCUCCAACCGCGCCCCCCACAUGAUCAAGAACGACUGGCACCCCUAUUCUGCGCUAGCAAUCAUCCUCAAGGAUACAUAUAUCGUUACAGAUACCGCCCGCGCAACCCUCGGUCCCCAAGCUUUCUCCGCUCCUCUGGCAAACACAGCACAUUACACCUACCUCCAAGGCGUGCAAGCCGGCAUGUUGAAAGACGACGACGCCAAACUCGUGCAACUCUACCUCCCAGCGUCUCAAGGCGAUCUCGUAUCCAAAAUGGCCACCGCAGACGUGAAGAUGCAAUCCUCCCACCAAGUAAGCAAAGAUACUAUCGUCGAUCUCCUCUGCGGUAUCCACCUCGCGGCUUCCGUAGAAGGUAUGGCAUUCUGCAAACACCUCGGCGGCAUUGACCGCAAAGUCAUGCACGAGAUCAUCUCGAAGGCCGCUGGCUGGAACGCCAUGUUCACGAAAUGCAUACCCGGUAUGCUGGAGAAGGACUCGUGGUCCCUAGCUGACUGUGCGCAAGCGACGGAGGUUGGCAAGAAACUCGCAGAGGCUGUGGAAAAGUGCAGGAAGAUCAACUAUCCUUGUCCCAUGGCUGCUGCGGCGCUGCAGCAAUUCAGCUUUGCCACGCUCAGGGACAAGGAGCUUACGAGUUUGAGCAGGAAUGACAGGUAG